AUGUCAGUAGUUCGAGUGAAAUCUCAAUUCUGUCAUGGGAUAUCUCAAUAUGAUCGAUGUUCACCAAAUAGUGCGUGUGCCUGUUUCUAUAUAGCAGGUGCUAUUGAUAUUGGCAUUUGUGGUGAUGAAUUUGUGGAUUGUUCUGAGUUAGUUCCAUGCGAACGCUCAAACAACUUUUGUCAUGAAUCUAACCAUAGAUGUAUUCAUCAUCCUCGAUGUCAUAAUCUUCCUGUUUGUUAUCCAGUACCGAGUUUCAAUCGACAACUCUGUCCACCGAGAGCAACUGUGCCUUCGUCAGUGAUACCUAAUAUAGGUAUUUGUGCAACUGCAACAUGGGCUCAACAUGGCCAAACUGUAGCUGGUGGCAAUGGUAGUGGAUCAGGAUUGAACCAGUUAGAUGGACCAUUUGGAUUAUUUGUUGAUGAGAAUCAAACUAUUUAUGUGGCAGAUCGCUAUAAUAAUCGUAUAAUGAAAUGGAAGCGUGACGCUUCGAGUGGUCAGUUAGUUGCAGGUGGAAAACGAGAAGGAGCUCGUGAUGAUCAAUUGCAUUACCCUAUUGAUGUUGUCGUCGAUCAAGAUGAAACAAUAUAUAUUUGUGACUAUAAUAAUCGGCGUGUGCAGAAAUGGUCUCGAGAUGCUCAAAGUGGACAAACAAUUAUUCGAAAUAUCGCUGCUUCUGGCAUAGCAAGAGAUGAUGAAGGAUCACUCUAUGUGUCUGGCUGGAGUGAGCACAUUGUAAAAAAAUGGCGUGUUGGUGAGACAAUUGGACAAGUGAUUGUUUCAGGACUUAAUCGUCCUUGUUUACUGUUUGUUGAUCUCAAUCAAUCUGUUGUUGUGGCUGAUCAAUUCAAUCACAGAGUAAUAAAGGUGGAUAAUGGAACAACACAAAUCUCAAUUGUUGCCGGUAAUGGUUCUUUUGGUCGUAACGAAAACCAAUUAAAUUUGCCAUUGAGUGUUGCUGUCGAUCAGUUGGGUACGAUCUAUGUGGCUGAUACUAAAAAUCAUCGAAUAAUGCGAUGGCCACUUGGAGCUACAUCCGGGAAUGUUAUUAUCGGUGGUCGUGGCGAAGGUUCUCGAUCUGAUCAACUUAGUGAGCCCAGUGAUUUAUCAUUCGAUUCUGACGGAAAUCUCUAUGUUGUCGAUGCGGGAAAUCAUCGUGUACAAAAAUAUUCCAUUGAUAAGAGUUUAUGUUAA